GUGCUAGUUGCGGUUAUGGCUUCCUCGGAUACACAGGCGCGCUUCGGUCAGUCAGUAAAGGGAUUAUUAUCUGAUAAAGUUGGUUCCUGUAGUGGAGAUGUGAUCGCUCUCACCCGUCAGGUGUUAAAGGCUUCCCGCAGUCAGGAGCUUCUCGGCCAGGCAGCAAGAAAUAUGGUGAUUCAAGAAGAUGCCAUUCUGCACUCCGAGGAUAGUUUAAGGAAAAUGUCCAUAAUAACGACUCACUUGCAAUAUCAACAAGAAGCCAUCCAAAAGAAUGUGGAGCACUCGAAAAACCUUCAGGAUCAGCUUAGACAUUUACUUAAAUAAUGCAUAGGUGAUCAUUUUUAUUUUUUGUCUUUUCUUUAAUUUGUUGUGGUGCAUUGCUCUCCAAAGAUUCAACAAUUUUUGGGCCCUCAAUACAAGCCUCAUGACCUUGAGGUAACAUGUUAUUUGUGUUGUAUUAUUAUUGUUGAUGUUGAAUUAGUAUAAUUUCUUAUGUUAGGAGUUGUUAAAAAAACAGUUAUGACACGUUUACAUUUUAACUUAUUUUCCUUAUAGUUCAAUAAAUGAUUGUCUGUUGCAUACACAUUGCUGAAUACGUGUGACACCACUUGUUCUUUGCAGUAGUCACAUAAGGGCAUGUAAUAAAACCUCACCCACAUGUAAUAUCAGCAGUGCCUCAGCAAGGUCAAGCAGAUGUCUGUCCUAGACCACAGCCUUGAUUGUUACUCCUAGGAAGCUCUGCAUUCCACUCCAAGGUUUUUACUUAUCUUUGUAAACUGUGUGCACAAGCUUUUAGACACAACCCUCUUACAAUGUGGAAGUAUGAAAACAGUUUAAAUGGUCAUUUUUCCAAAUAAAUGGGAGUUAAUUCUA